AUGGCCAUGGAUGUUGCAUCCUCCACCUCAUCAGCAUUCAACAGCCCUAGCAAACAAUGUCCCAAAAUCCUCAAAACCGGCUGCAUCCAAGCCGCAACAUACCUACACCAGUCACGUUUUGACCAGCUCGGCAUCUGGAAAGAUUUGCCUGUAAUAGCAAUCGAGAUCAGGGAUGCAAAUUGUGACGGGCUUCCCGUUGCGGGCCUUGGUCUCGGUCGAGUAGACGGCGAGAAGUACGGCCCUAAUUCGGAGAGCCGUAGAGGGAGACUGGUCGGUCUAUGGCGUGGUGGUGGAUUCGGCGGAGGUAGACGGCUUGCGACGAUCCGGAUGGUGGCACACACCUCCUACGCUUUCAAUGGCUGA